CUUCUGGCUCUGGCUCUCGAUACAUCUGGGUGUCUGGCUUUACUUCUCUCGGACUGGACUUCUGCGACCUCAUUCUUCCCUCGCAAUGGCCAGUCUUCUCCACCGCCCCAUGAGCUCCGCCUUCGCUCCAACCUGAUCUCUUCUCUCCUUUUCCAUCGUCAUCUCCUUAUCGCUGCUCCCCACGGAGCCUUCAACCUCUCCGUUCGCCGGCGGUUGAUCUUGGGGCUCUGCUCCCCUUCGCCAUUUCGGCCGUAGCGAAGGCAACGGAAUGUGUUCACUGCUUUGAGACUUCACCGACAACUCAACAAAACCUAAAGGAGAGUCUGGUCGAUGGGAACUAUGCACCAGGUUAGUUUCAACGGGGUGGAACAAAGAAACCAACACAUACUGUAUGAACGCGAGGAAGUCAGGGAUGGUGUCUUAAGGAAGGGGAAGGGAAUCUCUGAACACGAUAAUUCCCGAAACAAUGUGGCAAUUGAAGAUCUGAAAGGGACACAUCAGGCUGGACUCCAGGAACAGCCUGAGCAGCCUCCUGAGCCAAUCGUAAGGUGGGAGAGGUUCCUUCCUGUCAGAUCUCUCAAGGUUUUACUUGUGGAAAAUGAUGAUUCUACUCGCCAAGUCGUUACUGCCUUGCUACGUAAUUGUAGUUACGAAGUUACAGUUGCUGCUAAUGGUUUGCAAGCAUGGAAAAUCUUAGAAGACCUCUCUAAUCAUAUUGACCUUGUCUUGACUGAGGUAUUCAUGUCUGAUUUAUGUGGCGUCGCUCUUCUAAGCAAGAUCAUGAACCAUAAGACCUGCAACAAUAUUCCUGUGAUUAUGAUGUCGUCCAACGAUUCCAUGGGUACUGUAUUUAAAUGCUUGUCAAAAGGUGCAGUGGACUUUCUGGUGAAGCCUAUUCGUAAGAAUGAACUUAAGAAUCUAUGGCAACAUGUCUGGAGGAGACUUCAAAGUUACAGUGGCAGUGGUGACGGUGGUGGCAGCGGCAGCGAGAGUGGUAUCCAGACCCAAAAGUCAGCCAAAUCAAGAAGCCCUGUUGACUCUAAAACGAAGAGGAGCAAUGCUGAGGAUAACGGUUGCAAUGAUUUGAAUGCAACGGAUGGCAGUGAGAAUGGUAGUGGAAUUCAGAGUUCCUACAUAAAACGUGCAAUGGAGGUUGACAGCCUUCAACAUAUGUCUCCACAAGAUCAGAUCGCUGAUUCACCUGACAGUACUUGUGCACAGGUCAUUCAUCCGAAUCCUGGAACCUUUUGUAAUGAUUGGGUACCCAUAUCAUCUAAUGGAGGGCGCCAAGGACAAAAAGAGCUUACUGAUGAGAUCAUGGGUAAAGACUUGAAGAUAGGAGUACCAAUAAUUGCAGAGAUACGGUAUGAAACUCAUCCGAGAAAAGUAAUGAACCUUUCCAAGCAAAGGGACAUGAAUGAGAAAAAACUGCUGGAUAGUGACCAAAACCAGGAAAUUCCUACACUAGAGAGCAAUAACGUGUCUACCUCUGAUGAACGAAGCACAAAAACUUUUGAUUUGAUUGGUGCAAUGGCUAAUAACCUCGAUACACAUCCAUUAUCUGCACUUCAAGUCCCUGAAGGUUUGUCUAAGAUUCCAGAAUGUCAAGAAAAGACCACUGAUAAUCUUAGUGAUUUACCAAAUCUGGAGUUGAGCUUGAAGAGGCUUAGAGCAAGGGGGGAAUGUGGAUCUUCUGCUACUCUUGAUGACCGCAAUGUUCUAAGACGUUCAGAACAGUCUGCAUUCUCCAGGUAUCACAAAUCUGCUGGUUCUAAUCAAGCUCCAACUGGUUGCGGAGGAAGUUGUUCUCCACCUGAUAACAGCUCCGAGGCAAUGAGGGCAGAGUCUAUAUACAACAUGAUAUCCAAUUCAAAUGUCGAUCUGCUAAAACAAGGUUCCAAUGGCAGUAGUAACAACAAUGAUAUGGGCACCACUACCAGGAACAACUCUAUAUAUAAUGCGAUGACUGGCUCAAGUUCAGCUCCUUUGAAAUCAGGUUCUGCUGGUAGCAGUAACAAAAACGCCACAGGAUCCACCAUUAAUGCAUUCACCCAACCUGAAGCAAACACGAAGGAAACAGCAUCCACAUUUGUAUUCAACUGCAUCCAGACCACGGCAGUUCCCCUUCAUAAGCAGAUUCGAACCUCAACAAAUCAGCAAAUUGUCCAUGAGAAAACAGAAGAGCCACAGGCAGCUGGAGUUACACGACAAGCGAGAGGAAUAGAGCAUCAGGUCCAAGUGCAGCAUCAUCACCACCACCACCAUCACCAUCACCUACAUGUUCGUAGUAUGUCACAACAGAAGCAGCAGCAGCAGCAGCAGCCACCAGAUUUGGAUGACUUGCAGCCUAAAAUGGCGUCACCAGCUCUACAAUGUUGGUUGUCCAAUGCCUUUGUUGGGCCAGUUGAAGGUAAUUCUUCAAAAUAUAGCCUAAUGGGAAGCAAUUCUGCCAUUUAUCACCCCUGCAAUGGAUAUAAUGGAAAUAGGAACACUGCAAACCCUGCAAUGUUAAACAUACUAGUUGCUAAUCAUAAUACAGAGACGAGCAGACCUGGAGGUGGCAAUGCAAGCGGCAGUGGAGUUGUUCAGAUCCGUAUUGCUCAAAGAGAAGCAGCCUUGAAGAAGUUCCGAGAAAAGAGGACAGAAAGAAACUUCAUAAAAAAGGUACGUUACCAGAGCAGGAAAAUACUCGCAGAGCAGAGGCCGCGUGUGCGUGGACAGUUUGUGAGAAAGACCGUGUGUGAACAGAACAACGAAAUGAAAGAAAGCUGACACCAAGCCACAGCCUUUUCUAGUGCGAGUGUCGCCGAGUCAGCAAAAUAUAUCAUUCUUCGCUACAAUCAAUCAUUCUUCGCUAAAGUUGAUAAGCCACCGUGCAGUUUCCAUGUAGUGUACUGUGUUAGAUGAACAGCGAUGGGUCUGUUGUGUGAGAAUUUCCAUUUGAACAUGUGGUGAUAAAGCUUGCCGCUGAAACUACUACUUUUCUGGGUUGUAAUAUUAGUCCUGUUGUCGAAUUUUCUGCUGUUAAAUCAGUGGGAGCCAUCGCCCGCGUGUACGGGGGCAGAACCCAUGACGUCGCCGCUUGGUGCGGGCCUUUAGCAGGUAACGAUGUUCUGUUCAAUCGCAUGAUGCGGUUUUAUCCAAGCGGCAGUCCGUGCAUGGAGUUUUCAGAGACAAAAGCCUCCCUGGUUUACUUAAAUAGACCAACCAGAUCAGAGCUGGCUUGGUCGCUAACUUUAGAUGAACCUUGUGACAACCUGAGCUCUGUUUUGCUCUGGAGAUUAGUUGGACUUGGGAGCUUAUGCCACAACUCCACAGAUCCAUGUCUUCAAGAAUCUUAGAAACUACCUGUUUAGAGUAAUUG